CCCAUCAAACAGCCGGGGUGCCCGCCUGUGUCAGUGGCGUGAAAAUGCAGGGCUCCAUGUGCCUUGCGGCUCUGGUGGUCCUGGGGGCUGCUGUAUGUGCAGGGCAGCCCCGAGGCCGGAUUCUGGGGGGCCGGGAGGCCAAGGCCCAUUCUCGGCCCUACAUGGCUUCGGUGCAAGUGAACGGGACCCACGUGUGUGGCGGCUCCCUGGUGGCUGAGCAGUGGGUGCUGAGCGCCGCGCAUUGCAUGGAUGGCGUGACGGAGAAUGACCACCUGCAGGUGGCCCUUGGUGCUCACUCCCUGUCGCAGCCUGAACCCUCCAAGCGGUUUUAUGAUGUGCAGAGCGCAGUGCCUCACCCGGGCAGCCGGCCCGACAGCCUUGAGGACGACCUCCUUCUCUUGAAGCUGUCGGGGAACGUCUCGCUGGGUCCCUUCGUGCAGCUCCUCUCCUUGCAAACUGAGGACAGAGAAGUGGAGCCCGGCACGCUCUGCGAUGUGGCCGGCUGGGGCGUGGUCAGCCACGCGGGGCGCAAGCCGGACGUCCUGCAGAGUCUAACGAUGCCAGUCAUGAACCGCACGGUCUGCAACGGGCGCACGUACCACGACGGGGUCAUCACUCGGAACAUGAUGUGUGCGGAGAGCAACCGCAGGGACAGUUGCAGGGGAGACUCCGGCGGCCCUCUGGUGUGCCAGCACGUGAUCGAGGGUGUGGUCUCCUGGGGUUCGCGAGUCUGUGGCAACCGCAAGAAGCCGGCUGUCUUUACCCGCGUGGCGCCCUUUGUGGACUGGAUCAAUGGAAUCUUAAAUGGUAAUGUGACGGCCUGAAGGGACCACGGAGACACGCGGCUCAUAAUAAAUGCACGCAUCUGA